GUGCGUGCGCAGCUCCGUCACCAUUUCUGGACUCCUUGGUUCCGUGUAGGACAUCGGUCCUGGGAUCCUAUCUCCAGAUUUGGAGACCAAGAAAGGAAGACAGUUGCAAAAUAUCUCUUAAGCAAGAGAUUCACCAGGUCAAUAAUGGAAAAACUCCAAGGGGACAUUACACAAGGUCCCAUUCUUGGAGAAGAGUGUGAAAGUGAGGACAAAUUAGGGAGGCAGGAGCAAAACCCUGCAAGCAAGAUUCAGAAGAAAUCCUUUUCCAAGAAGAAAGGUUUCAGGCAAUUGACAGUAACCAAAAAUAUAAUGCCCACUGAAGAAGGAGGUGAUAAAUGUAAUGAAAUUAGGAGAAACUUCACACUGAAGUCUAAAGUUAUUACUCAUCAGAGAGUUCAUAUAGGAGAGAAAUCUAGUAGUUUUGACACACGUGGAAUGACUUUCAAACCGCAUUCAGAAUUAGUUAAAUGUCAAAAAAUUUGUUCGGGCAAGAAAACUUAUAAGUGUAAUGACUGUGAGAAAAUCUUCAGUGACCGUUCAAACUUUAUUCGUCACCAGAGAAUUCACACUGGAGAGAAACCCUAUAAAUGUAAGGAAUGUGGGAAAGCCUUCAGCCAGAGCUCAUCCCUUAUUGAACAUCAAAGAACUCACACUGGAGAGAAACCCUAUAAAUGUAAUGAAUGUGGGAAAUCAUUCACUGUGAGCUCAUCCCUUACUCAGCAUCAGAGAAUUCAUACUGGAGAGAAACCUUAUAAAUGUAAUGAAUGUGGGAAAGCUUUCAGUGAUUGUUCAUCCUUUACUCAACAUCAGAGAAUUCAUACUGGAGAAAAACCUUAUCAGUGUAAUGAAUGUGGGAAAGCCUUUAGUGAUUUCUCAUCCCUCACUCAGCAUCAGAGAAUUCAUACUGGAGAGAAACCUUAUAAGUGUAACGAUUGUGGUAAAGCUUUUAGCCGUAGUACACACCUAACUCAACAUCAAAGAACUCAUACUGGUGAAAAACCUUAUGAAUGCAAUGAAUGUGGGAAAGCCUUCACUGCGCACUCAACCUUUACUCAGCAUCAGAGAAUUCAUACUGGAGAGAAACCCUAUGAAUGCAGUGAAUGUGGGAAGGCUUUUCCUGAAAGCUCAUCACUUACAAAACAUCAGCGAGUUCAUACUGGAGAGAAGCCCUAUGAGUGCAGUGAAUGUGGGAAAGCCUUUAGUCAGAGUACACACCUUAUUCAGCAUCAUAGGAUUCAUACUGGAGAGAAGCCCUAUAAAUGUAAUGAAUGUGGAAAAGCCUUUGGUAAUAGUUCAGUCCUGCUCCGACACCAGCAACUUCAUACCAUAGAAUAAUCCUGCUAAUAUAAAAAUUUGGGGAAAGAAGUUUUUCAUCAUUUGCCCUAAUUUUCCAUUCACAGACUUGCCACCAAUGGCAUUUACUUCUCACUUUUUU